CGCCAUCAUGGCUUCCUCCCUUUCUAACAUCCUGCACCCCAUCACGCGUGACACCGAGAGAGUCGACACUCUGAUAUUCGGGUCGCAGACCAUCAAUGCUCUGCUCUUUCACCAUCCUUCACUAACCAAACAGCUGAAGCGCGAGUCGGUCGUUGAUGGUAUUGUGGCCUACAAAGCCGUAGGCUUUACGGUUGGCUUCCCAAGAGUCGUUCUUGCGCCACCUCCCGCUGUAUUGUUCCGUCAUUUCACAAAUCAUUGACG